GGAUAGCACGUGACGCUCGAGUUAUUUUAUCUCGCUAGCUCUUCUGGGGAGACGAAUCAGUCGAGUCAGUGUCUUUAUCCUCUGAUCUUUGGACAUCUUUAGAAGAACAUCUAAACAUGAGUCAUGGGGUAGACAAGAUGUACCGCUUAGAGAGAGUCCCACCGCCGGUGCAGAGUAGCCAGCGAGUGUACCUGAUACGGCCAUCCCUACUGCAACUCAAAACAUUGGCUGACCAUGUGCAUUCUGACCAUGCUGCACACCCUGAGCUGCAUGUGCAUGUAGUGGUGGUGCCACGGUUGGUAUCCUGGGUCACAGGGUUACUGGAAGAGGAGGGCCUCUAUGGUGCCCUUACCCUUCAUGAAUUUUGCCCUGACUUCAUUCCUCUUGAUGAUGAUUUGCUGUCACUGGAAAUGACAUCCUUCUUCAGAGAUGCAUUUCUUGAAGGGGACUUCAGUGGGUGUGUAGAUGUAGCUCGAGCCAUCAACACAUUACAGGGACUCUUCGGUCAAAUUCCAUAUGUACUGGCACAUGGGAGAGCAGCCAAGGCAGUGGUCAACACUCUGGAUCUCCUCAACAACCAAAACUCUCCCAAAAAGACAAGCCAGAUGCCAGAAAUCAGUCACCUCUUCAUAUUUGACCGAGAUGCAGAUUAUGUGACGCCUCUCUUGACUCAGCUAACCUACGAAGGCGCCUUAGAUGACCACUUCGGAAUUAAUGCAGGAGUGGUAGAGUUCCCUGGAGAGGUAGUGGGACAGGAUACACCGCGCAAAGUUCCUCUGAACAGCAAAGACACCAUUUAUGACAACAUUCGUAAUAAGCACUUUGCAUCUGUAUCAAGCUAUCUCAUAACAAAAGCAAAAGAGGUGAAUGCCAAGAAGGAACAAGCACAGAACAUGACUGCUAGUCAAAUGAAAGAUUUCGUAGCCAAUGAACUGCGCACACUGCAGACUUGCCAUGCCACACUGGCUCUUCAUCUGAGGGCAUGUGAAUCCAUCACCAAAUCUGUGAAGCAAGACUUUGAGACACAGCUGACAACCGAGCAUGGGUUAGUUACUGGAGCAAGUAAUGCUGGACAGGUCAGAAAAUUUUUGAAGAACUGUCUUGCUCGUAUGCAGCCUCUUACUGACAACCUGCGCCUUUUUUGCUUGUACAGCCUUACUCAAGAUGGUCUGUCUCAGAAGGAUUACAAAGAGUUGGCCUCCCAGGUGCUUGCUGCACAUGGACAUAAGCAUUUAAUCACCCUUAAUAAUUUGCGGCAGCUGAACCUCCUUUCUGCCACAGAAUCUUCAACCUCUAGUACAGGGGUGAACCGAGAUAGUUCCAGCACUAAUAUACAAGGUCGACUGGCCCAGGUGACUUCACUGUUGCCAAAGAAAGGGCAAGGAUGGAGGGCAGCAGCCAAACGAUUGAGACUCAUUCCAGAUCCAGAUAAAGCCAUAGACCUCCACAAUCCCUCAGAACCCAGCUAUGUUUUCAAUGGAGCCUAUACUCCUGUGAUGGCCAAAGUGGUGAGUGAGGCACUGAGUGUGCGAGGAGCCUUUACUCAGACUUUGCUGGAUAGUCUCAAAGUGCUGCCUGGCACCACCACCAGCCAGGCACCAGCACCAGGUUCCCCUGUGGGUCCACAUGUAGCACUGGUGGUAAUGAUGGGUGGCAUAACUUACACUGAGGUGGCUGCCCUCAGGCUCUUGGCAGUGACCAGUGGUACACGCAUCAUUGUUGCCUCCACUUCCACCAUUAAUGGAGACCAACUUAUAUCAGGCGUAGUACACAAAUAAGCUUUGUAAUGAAUGCAAUUAAGAUAAUUAAGAAAGUUUACAUAUUCAUUAUGUCAACAAAAGUAAAUCUGAAAACAAUCAAGAAAGACUUUAUGAAAGCUUACAGAUUCAUUAUAUCAAUGGAAUAAAACAAUGAAGAAAGA